CUGUAGUAGAUACUACGCGAGCAAAAUAUGAGCGUGCUAUUUUAGCGUUUAUACAGUCUGUAGUUUGUACAUAUAAAAUAAGUGUAAAUUAGAUGAAUGUGGAUAAAGAAACCUAACAAUCAAACUUUCAACGUUGGCGGUGCGUGCUGGGUGGAAGAGGAACAAGGAGACAUACCUAUCGCUGUUUGGCUAACAUGUUGUCUUUGGCUGAACGCCUCUAAAACAGCGCAAACGAGUGGAACCGUAAACCAGUACAAUGUCGCUCCAAAAGGAAGUUUCGGACGAGAGUUUGCAAGGUUCCUGGGUUGAGCUGCAUUUCAGUGGCACUGGUUCCCAAAGUAGCAGUCAUCACGGAAGCCAGGAGCAAAUCCCCACGUCCAGCCAGGAGGGGGACGUGGAGACAAUGCUGCUAGAUGCACAGCACGAGUCAGGCAGAAACAGCUCCAGAGGAAGCUCUCAUUGCGACAGCCCACUUAGGGCACAGACCCCCCUUCUUAUGUGGAGAGGCUCAGAGGGAAACAGUUCACAGUCAGAUGAAGACUUCCAAGAAAGAAGACGGGAAGUAGAGAACCUGAUGAAGAAAAAUGCUGACUGGAUCUGGGACUGGUCUAGCCGACCUGAGAACAAUCCACCAAAGGAGUUCCUGCUGAAGUACCCUAAGCGCUCGACCUCUCUCAGCAUUAGGAACACCAGCGUCAUGAAGAAGGGAGGUGUUCUCUCUGCUGACUUUCUGAAGCUUUUCCUUCCCUCAUUAAUCAUUUCUCACAUACUUGCUGUUGGCCUCGGGAUAUAUAUUGGGAAGCGUCUAACCUCCCACAACACCUACUAAGUAGGAUGGUGGUGUGUUGCAGCACCUUGAUGUGACCAUCUUGGCAUGCCUUAAAAUGGGACCUUCUGAAUAUCAGGGGAGAUGUGGCCAUGUGACAGGGUUCCAUUUGAUUGAGUGCCCCAUGUCACCCACACCAGCGUAGAGAGUUGAGGAUCUGUCAUUGCUGUUUAAUGGCGUAUAUUCCUGAACACAAUAGUGACCAAUCCUCUGCUCCUUUGCUGUAGUCCCUUGUCCUGGCCUGGAGAUGAUUGUUUAGCUGCUUUCUAUUCCUUAAAUCUGCAUGUUAGGGAACUGAUAUAUAUUGUGCGUCAUUGCCUUUUUCUUUUGCAAUGAGAAAUCACUUUUGAUUUUAAAUGAUAUACUGUCGAUAGAUUUUUAAAAAAUUUAAAAUCAGCUGUGGAUAAAGGAAAUUGUUUUGAAUUGUAAUUUUUAUUUUUUUGUCCAAGGGAUAAUUGGCCUAGUAGUGCAAGUGCUUGCAUCCAUUGCUGAUUGCUCAUUAUAAGAUAAUCAAAUAGCAUAUUAAGCAUUGAUAUGGUCCAUUUUGUUCAUCCUACACAAAAUAAAAGUUGGAAAUACA